AUGGCCUGGAACCCGGAUCAGACCUACCCCAUCACACUUGGAGAUAGUAUUCUGGGGUUGGAAGCCCCCGAGCACUGGACUCUGCGCUACGACUUCAAGCCUGCCUCUGCAGCCGAAUCCGGGCAAGGCAGGCUAUCAGUAGACCACGCAACACAACGGGCUUCGUUCCAACGGCCAAGCUCCGUCGAGGGGUGUCCAAGCCUCCAAUUCCACGGCAAGUAUGAGCCAUCCAAGGAUGGGAUGGACUGUGUGGCCAUCUAUGAUGGCCAGGGCUUCCGCCUGGAGUUGGUGCAGGCAGCCGUAAAGAAUCUGAGGUACCAGCCGACGGUCCUGAGGGCCCAGAACCCUGUCCUGGCCUCGGCCGCGCCGGCAUGUGCCGCCGCCACUCCCACCGGGUCGGGGCUCCCCUCCCCGCCCGACCAGCCGGGGGCUGGGGCCGGAUCCUACGACAAGGAUGCAGACGAGCUGCUGCACAGCCUGGAGGAGGAGCUGCUGUCGGAGCUGACCGGGCCGUCGCUGGCCACUGAGGAGUCGCUGGAUGGGGCCUCCAUCAACACUGCCCUCGCUGGGGCCUCUGCCACGCCGCCGCCGGACCUGGAGGGUCUGAACGACCUGGAUCGAGAGUUCUUCGGCAGCCUGUCCCCCGCAUCAAGCGACGGCUCCUUGGACAGUGGGAGCGACGAGGACGAUGGCGAUGCUGGGCCUGGCGAGGCGCUCAGGCCUGACGGCAAAGCUGAGGCGGCCAUGGACUGGACCGACGACGGCGUGGAGGAGCUGUGA